AUGUUAGGUCAUUCGACAGAGACCCGGAAAGGCACUGCACUCACCCGUAACAAGUCGACGUUGACUGAGGAGCAUGGAGCAGAUUCAAGAGAAGGUGUCGUUCUUGAUGCGAUGAGAGGGAGACUUUCGCCACUGUCCACAAAGUCUGAGUCGGAGCCAUUUUGCGUGAUGGACCUCGGAAGUGUACAGGAUCAAUAUGAGCACUGGAUGUCAUCUCUGCCGGCCGUGGAGCCAUUCUACGGUAUGCGAUACUAUUUCCCUGCCGUGAGUCACCAAGUGAUAUCUAUUUUGGGCGAUCUGGGGUCUGGGUUUGACUGCGCUUCUCGAUAUGAGAUUGAACUUGUGAUCAGCCAAGGCAUCUCAGCUGACCGGAUCAUCUUCGCCAGUCCGUGCAAGAAACCAUCCGAUAUCGAGUUUGCCCGAGAAGUCGGUGUUGAUCGAAUGACAUUUGACAAUGAGGCGGAGCUUCGAAAAAUCAAACAGCUCUUUCCGCGCAGUCAGCUCAUCCUGAGAUGUUUCGCUUCCGAUCCGUCCGCUACAUACAGUCUAUCUUCGAAAUUUGGGGCGCAUCCAGAGGAGUCUUUGAAACUUUUGAAAUUGGCCAAAUCUCUCGGACUGGAGGUCAUCGGCGUGAGUUUCCACGUCGGAUCCGGCUCCAAGGACCCGAAGGUCUUCGAGGUGGCCAUCAAGGAUAGUCGCCGGGUCGUUGACGCCGGUUUGCAAUUGGGGCAUGAAAUGCGACUUGUAGAUAUUGGAGGUGGAUUUUCGACCGAGACGUUUGACAUGGCCGCCGUCACGAUCAAAGACGCUUUGAACACGCAUUUUCGGGGUAUGCCGAUGGAUUUUGUCGCGGAACCGGGUCGUUAUUUUGUGGCCAAUGCUCUAACCGUCGCUUGUGGGAUCAUUGCUCGUCGAGAUUCGCGAGAGAAUCCUGCUUCCCCUCAAGGCCCAAUGAAUCAUAUGCUUUAUCUGAAUGAUGGGAUUUAUGGUUCUUUUUUAACCUAUCUCUUCGAGCCAUGUCCACAGCCCAAGGUCCUCCGCGCCUCGGGCGAAUUCUACCCUCGCACCUGUUCGAGCGAUUUGGCCAAUUACAUCAUCUGGGGACCUACUUGUGAUGGGAUCGAUUGCAUUUUAAAAGAUGCAGAGCUUCCCGGAGAUCUGACUUGUGGCGAUUGGGUUUAUUUCUCGAAUAUGGGAGCUUAUACAACAUGCUUGACUACCAACUUUAAUGGAUUUAUGGGCCAUCGAGAAAUCAUCUACGUUUCAAGCAAUGUUUCGUCUGGAAUCAAUAUCCACCAGGCUGGCGCAGACGGUCUGCAGGAAGGGAGACUCUUUGCGUGA